AUGGAAGUAUCAGAGGAGAUUGAGUACGAGGGGUUGGACCCCAAUGCAGGCCUUUAUGUGAACAUGAUGGCCGGUGCGCUGGCUGGCAUCACAGAACACGCAGUAAUGUUCCCGGUAGACAGCAUAAAAACUCGAAUGCAGGUGUUCGCGACGUCGCCAUCGGCGGUGUACACCGGCAUCGGGAACGCCUUCACACGGAUAUCGUCGACGGAGGGCAUGCGGGCGCUAUGGCGCGGUGUCUCGUCGGUGAUCAUGGGCGCAGGCCCAGCGCACGCGGUGCACUUUGGGGCGUACGAGGCGGUGAAGGAGCUGGCGGGCGGAAACGAGCAGGGGAACCGGAAUCAAUGGCUGGCGACAUCACUUGCAGGGGCGUCCGCGACAAUCGCGAGCGAUGCCCUGAUGAACCCCUUUGACGUGAUCAAGCAACGAAUGCAGGUGCACCAAUCUGAAUUCCGCUCCGCCAUCACCUGUGCGCGCACGGUCUACCACACGGAAGGCCUCUCCGCGUUCUACGUCUCGUAUCCGACGACGCUCACGAUGACGGUCCCCUUCACCGCCGUGCAGUUCACGGCGUACGAGCAGCUGAAGACGCUGCUCAACCCCUCCGGUGUGUACUCGCCUGCGACGCACAUCAUCUCGGGUGGCCUGGCGGGCGGAGUCGCGGGCGCGGUGACAACACCACUCGACGUCGCGAAGACGCUCCUGCAGACGCGCGGGACGUCGCAGGACAUGGAGAUCAGGCACUCGCGGGGGAUGAUGGACGCGUUCAGAAUCAUCUGGGCGCGGGACGGGUGGAAGGGCUUUACGCGUGGCCUCGCGCCUCGCGUGCUGACGUUUAUGCCGAGCAAUGCGCUAUGCUGGUUGUCAUAUGAGUUCUUCAAGGCUGCGAUACGAGACGGUUGA